GGCGGAGUGCAGAUAUGAUGUUGGAGCUAGGAAACGAAACUGAACAGCCCCCGUCCUGUGAAGUUAGCUACGACACACUUUCCCGUGUCGCUGGCAGCAGCGUAAACACUAAGGUUAGCUGUCAGCGCUAGAAGUUUAAUGCGUCGCCUUCUUUCUCUGCCCGGACUCAGUAUGCCACUAUAAACUUUCCCUCACUUCAAUGAACUCAGUCAGUGUGCAAAGAUGGAGCCUGCCAGACAAAAACGGAGGGAGGAGAUACAGAAGGCUCUGACAUUUAUCCAGUCGUCCCUGCCUUAUCCAGACCCUGAAGGCUAUAAGGACUUUCUGACCCAGUUAGUAUGGAACCUGCUGGAGGAGGGCACUACCUCGUUCAAAGACAACGAAUGGGGCCAGGCGGUGAAGGACUUCAGCGAGGGGCUGAAUAUCGUAUACUACGCUGCAUCCGAGGAGAUCGAUAUCCCCAAAGCUUUGUUGGAGAGCCUGUACGUCAAUCGGGCCACAGCCUACCACAGCAUGGGUCAGUGUCAGCUGGGUGUGCAGGACUGUGACAGAGCGCUGGAAGUGUGUAAGGAGAGCCGCAGUGCGCUAUACAGGAAGGCCCUUUGUCUGAAGGAGCUUGGACAGUACAAAGAGGCGUACAACUGCACCACAGACUGUCUACUCAUCACACGUCUGGACAAACAGGUGAAUGACCUGGCGCAGGAGCUGGCCAUCCACUUGGGACUGAAGAAUCGAAAACCUUACGUGAGCGCAAAGGAAGAGGUGGCUCCAGUGAGAGCUCCUAGUAACGGAAACAUGUCUGUUCAAGCAGUAAAGGUGCCAGCUACCUAUGUAGGAAAUGGUCUGAAUCCUCUGAGUGGCAUUGCACCAGUCAUCGUUCCCAGCAUGCCUCAGUCUUCUAUACCUGUCAGUUUCAACCCCGUGGUCAAGCCUUCCGCCUUUAGUGCUCAUAACUCCUUCCAGCCAAUUAGCAGCCACCAACCAGCUGCCGUCUCGGUGCCGAACAUGGACACUCUCGAUGACUUCGAGCUGGGAGACGACUUAGACAGCCUGCUGGACUGCUAUCCCAAUGAACCAGAGCCCAGUGAGACCCAUAUCCAGGCAGCGUUCCCUGAACCCAACUUGAAACCCACUCGUGUUCCUGCUGCCCCCACUGUCCUGCCUGCCCCGACACCCCGGCUCCCUCCAGCCUUCUUCAACUCAGCCACCACCUGCAUCAAUUCCCUGGACACCCUCUCAGCCAUGGGUGGUGGGGAUGCUCCUAAAGUUUCCACUCUAGGCACCCUGGACGGCCUGGACGCUUUAGAUAGCUUCUCCUCUGGCCCUGGAGGUGAUGCUGGCACUCCAAAUUUGGAAGUGAGCGCUGCGAUGAACAAAGCGACACUGGAUACCCUCGAUGGCCUCGAUUCUCUUGAUGACCUCUUGGAUCCACCUCUGAACACGAGUGCUAGGGAGGAUGUUGGUGAGGCCAGAGCAAAACUACAUGUGGAGGAGAAGUCCCUUGAUGAGUCUCUGGAUUGCUUUGACACCCUGGAGACUGUCUCUGUCCCAGCUGGUCGUGGUGGCGACAUCCUUAAACUUGGUGGAGAAGCCCUGGAUCAGCUUGACUCCCUUGAUGCUCUGGACUCAUUCUCCUCUGUCAAGGGUGUCGGGACGGCUUUGCCAGCGGUCCCUAUUGGGGGAGGAGGCCUGGAUACCCUCUCUGAUUUCAGCUUACCAGGUGUCCCGCCUUCUCACAGUGCUGUUGCUGCUCCGGCCACACGCACAGUCAAGAAUAACCACAAAAACAAGAACAGCCAUGUGUCCAGUGCGGUGUGUAACCCCCUGUCAGCCACCCACGACUUCAUGCCAGCCUGCUCUCUCUGUUUCCCCCGGGAAGGUCAAGGGAUUUAUACUUUUGUGCACAAGCCAGACCUCGUCCACACCUGCAAGCGAGACAUUCUGUUAUGUCGGAAGAAGGCAGGUUACCUCUCGGAGUGGACCAGAGUGCGACCAAUUCCUACCUGGACCUCUUUUUCUGGGCCUUUUGUCCUUUGCAGAGAGUUGCUGAAGUCUGGUGAUUUGGGCCUGUGCAAGUUUGGGGAGAAGUGCACCUUUGCCUUCAACCAGCUUGAGAUUGACGUGUGGACGGAGGAGAGGAAAGGAACCCUGGACAGAAGUGUGCUGUUUGACCCGACAGCCGUCAAACUGGAUCCUGUUUACACCGUCACACGGCUGCUGCAGGAGCACAAGGGCAUGUUCCUGUUCCUCUGUCAGGAGUGCUAUGACAGUAAACCAACGAUCAUCAGUAGGCGCUGCAGAGAUGACAAGGCCAUCUGCUCGAACUUGCACGCUCCACAUGCUUUCGAUGAUAAUAAGUGCUUGGCAUAUAUGAUGAUGAACACCACUGUGAACUACAGAAAGAUCCGCCAACUCCACAUCCUGUGCCACCUGGAUUUGUGCCGCCAAGCCGUUCGCUACGGCUGCCUUAGAGAGGACAGCUGCCACUUUGCCCACUCCGUCAUAGAGCUGAAAACCUGGAGGAUGCAGAGAGACACAGGUAUCACGGUGGAAGAGAUUGUGAAGGAAUCCAUAAAAUACUACGAGAAGCAGGAGCAGAAUUCAGCCAAACAGAAAGUGAAUAAACCAAACUUCUCCCCUGGAGCUUUUGGAGGAGGUCCUAAUAAACCAUUGGGAGGAGGAAAAGGAGCAAAGAGUCUCAACUUGAAGAUGAAGUUUGCCUGCGCUGGGUGCUGGCUGAACGGCCUGAUCAGCGAGCCAGACAAAGCCCUGAAGUACUGCACAGCCCGGGCCAGACACGCCUGGACCAAAGAGCGACGAGUGCUGCUGGUGAAAUCCCCAGGCAGGAAUAAGUGGGUUCAGGUUCGACCACUUCCGCACGCCAAGAACUACCCACUACAGUAUGAUCUAUGUACCCAAAUUUUGGAGAAAAGGAAAUGCACCUACACUGGAAACUGUACAUUUGCUCACAGCCAAGAGGAGAAGGAGCUGUGGACCUAUAUGAAGAAUAAUGACUUGAGGGACAUGCAGCAGAUAUACGACAUGUGGCUGUCCUUAGCCAACCAAAACCGCCAGUCGGAUGGAACCGCACUCACCCAGUCCAACCCCCUGGCUGAGGAGAAAUGCAUCGUCAUGCCAACGGACUACGCCGACCCAAUGAGUAGCUUCCACUGCCGUCUAUGUGGGAGGCACAGUAACAGCGAGCGCCAGUGGCAGCAGCACAUCUCCUCUGAGAAGCACAAGGACCGAGUGUUUAGUUGUGAGGGAGAGGAUGAGUCUCUGACCUGGAGCUACCGCUUCCCUGGCCCACGCUUUGAAAUCUGUCCCAAGUUGGACAGCGAAUGCCCUGAAGGUGCGAGCUGCGACUUUGCCCACAGCCCAGAGGAGCUGCAGGAGUGGCUAGAGAGGCGGGACUUCCUGAGAAGGAAGUUGGCCAAAGCCAGGGAAGACAUGCUCAUCAUGCCUGACGAGUUAGACUUUGGGAAGUACAACUUUCUACUUCAGGACUAAAAAGAAUGUUUUGUUUUGUUUUGUUUUUUUCCUGAAAAAUAUGGUAACUGCCAAUUUUCUGAACCUUGUUUUGAUGGAAACCAUUAAAUUAGAACUGGUAAUCAGAAUUCCUCAGGAGUGAAAGUUGAGGUAUGUCACUGCCAAAAGAUCACUUGAAAUAUGAAACACAUGCAUCUCCCCGUAAUAUUUUAAUUUCAUUUAUCAGCACUGUUGCUCACAGUGUAUGGAGAGUUUUUUCACAUACAGUAGCUUAUUUUGUUCAUGUCUCAUCAGCUGCAGACUACUUCACAACAUCUUUAGUGAAAAGAAAUCUCUAAAAGUAUGAAGAAGUAACAGUCUAUGUUGGCAAUAGCGUGAUUUUACAAAAAAAAACAAGAUACAAACACUGACCUCUUCCAUCAUAGUCCACAAGUAUUCAUAUACACACUGCUUUUGUUUUCCAUCUACACUCACUAAA